AUGGAUCUCUCUAUUACAGGCAGCGUUCGUGCGGCUGGUGUCUUGUACAUAGGGAUCAUGGAUCAUUUCGGUGCCACUCGUGAAGAAGCUGCCUGGCCCAUAGCGCUCACCGGGGCCAUGCUCAGUCUUAUCGGAAUGGUGGUGGGUCCAUUGGCGCAGGCCUGCUCGCCGAAGCCGGUGAUUUUAUUUGGAUCUCUGUUGGUGUCCGUCGGAUUGUUGGCUUCGGUUUUCGCACCGGAUGUGAAAUGGCUGACGUUCACCUUCGGUUUCGUCUUCGGCAGCGGCCUGGGGACAGUAUAUACGAUAAAUGUGAUCUUUCUUCAGCAAUAUUUCGUCAACAUGAGAGGACUAGCUCUCGGUUUGUUCUAUACCGGAUCGACGAUCGCCGGUCUCAUAUUUCCGGUUUUAUUGACAUUUCUGCUGGAGGAAUAUGGCUUCCGAGGCGCAGUACUCAUUCUGAGUGGAUUACUGCUGCACAUAUUCGUCUUGUCUCUGACCCACAAGGAAGCACCGUGUUCGGGAACCGGCACGGAGAGCCCCAAGAAAAUCACUCGGGAAUGCGGUAGACUCGAGUGCCGCGAACAGAGAGCUAGAGCUCAAUCCGCAAAAGCCACGGAUCCCUUCAUUGCCAGGAACAAGGUCUCGUCCAAAAUCCCUGAGUUUUUGGUGAUCGUAUUCAGUUUCACUCUGUUCAUGUACGCCUACGACGCUUACGCGACCACGAUAAUCGACUUUAUCGUUGACCAAGACAUCCCGAUGAUCGAAGCGACGACAAUCGUUCCCCUGUACUCUGCUACGGACAUGGUCGCUCGACUCAUUUUGCCGCAGCUCGGCGAUCGGGGUUACGUCAACAAAAUGCUCUUGCAGUGCUUCGCGUAUGCUCUGCAGAGCGUCUGUUUCUUCCUGCUGCCUAUGGCGGCAGCGACAGGAGAAUUCUUUUGGAUCGCGCUCGUCGCCAUGAUCCAGAGUACGGGGAUCGGAACUUCUCUCGUCAUGUAUGGAGUUCUUAUGGCAGAAUUGGUCGGCCUCUCCCGGCUGCCAAUGGCCUACGGCGUCAGUGGCCUAAUCGUCGGCUCGUCGUAUUUUACAAAGCCAUUCUUCGUUGGUCUCUUCCGCGACGUUUUCGGGAACUACUCGAUGAUGUACAACGUGUGCGGCGUCUUGACAGCCGUUUCUAGUACCAGCUGGCUGAUCACGUGGUAUUUCCACCGAACUACAGAUCGUGGUCGGAAACUCUCGGCGAUCUCCAAUAGAAUUGAUGAGCACAUCAAUACUGAUCCCAUGGAAAUCGUCGAAGACUUUGCGAGUAUGCGGCGGAGGUUCAGUACGGAUAGCACGGCCGCAUAUAUAUAG